AUGUGGAUGAUUCCCAGAACGUGUUGUGUCUCUCCUGCGCCCCCGGGCCAACCUCUCUGCACUCUGUCCGCAGGUUUGCCAGGCACCGCUCCAGACCUGGAAAAGAGAAAGCAGAUUUUUGGGCAAAACUUUAUACCUCCAAAGAAGCCAAAAACCUUCCUGCAGCUUGUCUGGGAGGCACUGCAAGACGUGACGCUCAUCAUCCUGGAAAUCGCCGCCAUCAUCUCCCUGGGGCUCUCCUUCUACCACCCGCCCGGUGAAAACAAUGAAGGAUGUGCAACGGCCCAGGCGGGGGCAGAAGAUGAAGGGGAGGCGGAGGCAGGCUGGAUCGAGGGGGCCGCCAUCCUCCUCUCGGUCAUCUGCGUGGUCCUGGUCACGGCCUUCAAUGACUGGAGCAAAGAGAAACAGUUCCGGGGCCUGCAGAGCCGCAUUGAACAGGAGCAGAAGUUCACCGUGGUCCGGGCUGGCCAGGUGGUCCAGAUCCCUGUGGCUGAGAUUGUGGUUGGGGAUAUCGCCCAGGUCAAAUAUGGUGACCUCCUCCCUGCAGAUGGCCUCUUCAUCCAGGGCAAUGACCUCAAGAUCGAUGAAAGCUCCCUGACGGGGGAGUCUGACCAGGUGCGCAAGUCUGUGGACAAGGACCCCAUGCUGCUGUCAGGGACUCAUGUGAUGGAGGGCUCUGGACGGAUGGUGGUGACCGCCGUGGGUGUGAACUCUCAGACCGGCAUUAUCUUUACCCUGCUGGGGGCCGGCGGUGAGGAGGAAGAGAAGAAAGACAAGAAAGGUGUGAAGAAGGGGGAUGGCCUUCAGCUACCAGCGGCCGAUGGUGCGGCAGGUUCAAAUGCUGCAGAUAGUGCAAAUACCAGCCUAGUCAAUGGUAAAAUGCAGGAUGGCAAUGUGGACGCCAGCCAGAGCAAAGCCAAACAGCAGGACGGGGCGGCCGCCAUGGAGAUGCAGCCCCUCAAGAGUGCCGAGGGCGGCGACACUGACGACAAGAAAAAGGCCAACAUGCACAAGAAGGAGAAGUCGGUGCUGCAGGGCAAGCUCACCAAGCUGGCUGUGCAGAUCGGCAAGGCGGGCCUGGUGAUGUCAGCCAUCACGGUGAUCAUCCUGGUGCUCUACUUCACCGUGGACACCUUCGUGGUCAACAAGAAGCCAUGGCUGCCCGAGUGCACGCCCGUCUACGUGCAGUACUUCGUCAAGUUCUUCAUCAUCGGCGUGACGGUGCUGGUGGUCGCCGUGCCCGAGGGGCUCCCUCUUGCUGUCACCAUCUCACUGGCCUACUCAGUGAAG